CCAGUACAGCACAUUUCUAUGCACGCCACGCCCACUGUGGGCGCUCCUCCGCCAACUGAUGUGUGCCUUAUACUUCUCGGGACAUGGCCCACCCAUCCCAUGCUUGACCCGGUCUCUCAAGGCAGAUCCAAAGGAAGGGAUAGUAUAUGUCUUGUCGUUUCUCAUUGCAUAUUUCUUAGGAGUACAUUUAAGGAAGCUCCUAUCAUGUACGCCACUGCUGUCACAGAAAUUGUUCGAAGAAGGACGUUCCAGAGAGAAUUCAACUCAUGGUUCUCUGUUCAUGUGAAUAAAUGUUGUUCAUUGUAUGAUGAAGAGUCAAGUACUAGAGCAGAGUUCUCUACAAAGAUGGAAAAGCAUUUCCUGCGUGUGCUUUUCCAUGAAGCAUCGCAAAAAUCCAUCCUGAAGAACUUUCCUAGAGUUGCAGAAGAGACCUGCUAUCAGAGCAGUUUGUAUGACCUUCAACACAUCGGGUCAAGCUCGGCAUCAUCAUGGUGCUGA